AUGACCUAUAAAGCUACCUUAAGCCUUCUGUCAACACGAGAUAGGUUUGUCCCCAACUUCAAGUGUGACUACCAGAACAAUCUUAUAGCUCUCAUUGGAGGGUGCAUCUCUGAAAUCUCAUCCAAUAUGGCCAUCAUUUCAGCAACCCACAAGAUUCCACAGCUUACAUAUGGAUCAUUUUUGCCACUACAAGGUGCCCAAAGUUUAUUCCCAUUUCUGUACCAGAUGGUCCCCAAUGAAGCCUAUCAGCACAUGGGUGUUGUGCGGUUACUUCAGCAUUUCGGCUGGACUUGGAUUGGGCUUGGGGCUGUAGAUGAUGAUCGAGGAGACAGAUUUUUACAGACAAUGAUGCCAUUGCUUUCCAUUCAUGGUAUCUGUUAUGCCUUCAUCAUAAGAAUACCCAAAUGGAAUUAUGUGGAUGAGAUGAUAGAAUUUGCUUUGCAGCAUUUUGAAACCUAUGCAAAAAUCUUUGAGCGAAAGUCCAGUAAGGGAAAUCCCAGUGUAUUCUUUAUUUAUGGAGAGCCUCCAUCUUUUCAGGUUUUGAGAAUGCUGCUGUUUUCUGCACCUCUAUUCUCACUGCCACCUCUGAAUAAAGUAUGGAUUGUUACAUCCCAUUGGGAUUUUGCAUCACACUCUGUUCAGAAGAAUUGGGAUAUGCAAGCCUUUCAUGGUUCUUUAUCCUUCACAGUUCAUUCAAGUCGGUUAUUAGGUUUCCACAAGUUCAUUCACAAGUUAAGGCCGUUGUGGGCAAAAGGUGAUGGCUUUAUCCAGUGCUUCUGGGAGCAGGCCUUCAGCUGCUCAUUCAAACUCUCUAAAGGACAGCAGGAGGAGGAAAACAAGAAAGUGCAUUCCUUUCUAAGGCACAUCACAUUCAAUAACAGUGUGGGAGAUUCUGUGCACUUUGAUGACAAUGGAGAAUUAGUUGCAUGUUUUGAUGUAACAAACUGGUUGAUUUUUACCAAUGGCUCACUGGUUAGAGCAAAAGUCGGAAGACUGGAUUCCCAUGCUCCUUUAGGAAAAGAGUUAAGAAUAAAUGAUGACCAAAUUCUAUGGCAUCCAAGUUUUAACCAGGUGUUGCCUAUUUCUGUGUGCAAUGACAACUGCCAACCUGGCUACAGCAGGAAAAAGAAGGAGGGAGAAAAAAUUUGCUGCUAUGAUUGUGCUCCAUGUGCAGAAGGGAUGAUCUCUAAGCAGAAAGAUAUGGAUGCCUGUGUCAAAUGUCCAGAAGACCAGUAUCCCAAUAUGGACCAAACUCAAUGCAUUCCUAAAGUUGUAAGCUACCUCUCUUACAAAGAAACAUUAGGAAUUACCUUAGCUAUCUUAGCCAUUUCCUUCUCCUUUAUCACAACUUUCAUACUUGGAAUUUUCGUGAAGCACAAGGACACUCCCAUAGUCAAAGCUAACAACAGGACCCUCACCUACAUCCUUCUCAUCGCUCUCCUUCUUUGCUUCCUCUGCUCCUUACUCUUCAUUGGACAGCCUGGAACGGUCAUCUGCCUUCUCCGACAAACAGCCUUUGGCAUCAUGUUCUCUGUUGCCCUUUCCAGCACUUUGGCAAAAACCAUCACCGUGGUUCUGGCAUUCAUGGCAACCCAGCCAGGAUCCAGAAUCAGAAAAUGGGUGGGGAAGCGAAUGGCAAAUUCCAUUGUCCUCUCUGGCUCCUUUCUUCAAGCUGGCAUUUGUUCUCUUUGGUUAUGUACUUUCCCUCCAUUCCCAGAUAUGGACAUGCACUCAGUGACAGGAGAAAUGCUACUGGAAUGUAAUGAGGGUUCAGCUAUCAUGUUCUACUGUGUCCUGGGCUACAUGGGUUCCUUGGCCAUUGUCAGCUUCAUUUUGGCUUUCCUAGCCAGGAAGUUGCCAGACAGUUUCAAUGAGGCCAAAUUUAUCACUUUCAGCAUGUUGGUGUUUUGCAGUGUUUGGCUGACUUUUGUUCCAACCUACUUGAGCACCAAAGGAAAAUACAUGGUGGCUGUGGAGAUCUUCUCCAUCUUAGCAUCCAAUGCUGGCUUACUGGGUUGCAUCUUUUUCCCUAAAUGCUACAUCAUUGUACUGAGGCCUGAACUGAAUAAGAGGGAGCAACUAAUAAGGCAAACCAAAUGA